GAGCCGGGAACGUGGGGUUUGGUCGUGUUUUCACAGAGGGAAGGUCCUUGGGGAAUGUUGCUUCUUGCUUAGUGUGGUGGGAGACUAUGGAGCGAACGGCGGGAAGGGAGAUGUGCGUCACUUUUAUCCCGGCGACUUAGCAGACUCCGCGGAGGCCUGCCGCUCGGCCAGACGCCGGGCGCCCGCUCGUGGUCGGUGUCUCCUGGAAUGGCCGGAAUGGCACUGCGGGCGCCUCCUUCCUGCCGCUAGCUGGGGCUCUCUGAGCGGCGCCGAGGGAUGGCCGACCCGCCUGGGCAGGGAAGUGGCUGCGACGCCUUCCUCGGGUGCAGUUCGCCCAGCGUCCGCCAGCCCGCGCCCCCGAGCCGCCGAGGCCCGGCCCCCCACCGCCGGGACGGCCCUCCCCGGGGCGGCCUCGCCUCCCGCCGCCGCCGCAAGAGCUGCCACGUCAGCGCGGCGUCUGUCGGCUGACGGCAGGAUGGGGAAGGUGGCGGCCCUCGGUGCCGAGCUGGGCGUGCGGCUCGCCCUGUUCAUGGCCUUCCUGGUAACGGAGCUCCUCCCUCCCUUCCAGAGGCUGAUCCAGCCGGAGGAGAUGUGGCUUUACCGGAAUCCGUAUGUGGAAGCCGAGUACUUCCCCACCAAGCCCAUGUUUGUCAUUGCAUUUCUCUCCCCACUGUCCCUGAUCCUCUUGGCCCGAUGUCUCAAGAAGGCUGGUGCGACAGACAGCAAACAAGCCUGCCUGGCUGCCAGCCUUGCCCUGGCUCUGAACGGUGUCUUUACUAACACAAUAAAACUGAUCGUGGGCAGGCCACGCCCAGACUUCUUCUACCGCUGCUUCCCCGACGGGCAAGCCCAUUCCGACUUGACGUGCACAGGGGAGAAGGACGUGGUGAAUGAGGGCCGCAAGAGCUUCCCUAGUGGACAUUCUUCCUUUGCAUUUGCUGGUCUGGCCUUCUCCUCCUUCUACCUGGCAGGGAAGUUACAUUGCUUCACACCACAAGGCCGUGGGAAGUCCUGGCGGUUCUGUGCCUUUCUGUCACCUCUUCUCCUUGCAUCUGUGAUUGCGCUGUCCCGCACAUGUGACUAUAAGCAUCACUGGCAAGAUGUACUAGUUGGAUCCAUGAUUGGCCUGACAUUUGCCUAUGUCUGCUACAGGCAGUAUUAUCCUCCUCUGACGGAUGCAGAAUGUCAUAAACCGUUUCAGGACAGCCUUGGACUGCCCACGGCACAGAAGCCUGGUGACCCUUAUCAUUUUAGUAUUUAGAAAUUAGAACCACCUCAGUGGAGACUAGGUGCGUCAGCCCCUCUAAACUGCCCAAGAAUGUCUGACCUGUUAACUCGUAAGAGAUACAGGUGAGGACACAAGCACUUCAUUCUGUCUCCAUAUGUUUAUGCAGUUUUGCUCACAUGGAUUUGUCAUGAGUCAAGGUUCAAGGUUCAUUUUCACGACUCUGUGCCACGCAUUCUGAUAAAAAGAUCUUCCAGUAGCCCACCAGAUUGGUAUCCCAGGAUCUACAGCGUUUCACAUUUAACUUAAAAUGGUAAAGACAAGUGAGGUGGCAAUCAUUAGUUGCUAGUAUUGAAACCACACUCCUGAACUGUGUUCAUGAGCUGCUUUCCAUCCAUGUAUGACUGAAGAUCUGCCCAAAUGCAUCAGUUCUGCAACUGGCUAAGGCAGAAAAGAAUGUUCUUGUCUGGAGACCAAAUGAACUUUUUUCUGUCCCUUCGUCAUAAUGGGAUAUAAGGAACAAUUACAGGACAUCAACAGAACUGAUGCUAUUGGACCAACAACUGCCCUUCUCUUUGUGAUUAUACUUUAAAUAUGACCUGGUCUGAUGUGUUUCUUUCUAUAUUUUCAAUGUUUCUUUUUCCUUCAAUAAAUGUGACAAAGAAAA